GAGUCACGGCGAGGGGGAGGGCAGGAGUUAAACUAGUUGUGGCUGUGGCAUCGCCACAGAGGGCCUGCCGCUGGCUGGACGGAAAGACAGCGGACGGAAGGAAGGAAGGAAGGAAGGAAGGAAGGAAGGAAGGAAGGAAGCCCCAUGUGGAGCCCACGGACACGGCCGCCCUGCUGAGUGCUCGGCGGCCCGCCCUUCAAGACGGUGACCUCUCCACGGUGUCCCUUGGCCCUCCACCUCCGGCGGGGGCGGGGGCCGCCCACCUCCAAGUCCCCAGUCAUGACGACGUCCGCGCUGCGACGCCAGGUGAAGAACAUCGUGCACAACUACUCAGAGGCGGAGAUCAAGGUGCGAGAGGCCACCAGCAAUGACCCCUGGGGCCCGCCCAGCUCGCUCAUGGCGGAGAUUGCUGAUCUGACCUUCAACACGGUGGCCUUGGCGGAGGUCAUGGGCAUGCUGUGGCGGCGGCUCAACGACAGCGGCAAGAACUGGCGGCAUGUGUACAAGGCGCUCACGCUGCUGGACUACCUGCUCAAGACGGGCUCGGAGCGCGUGGCCCACCAGUGCCGCGAGAAUCUCUACACCAUCCAGACGCUCAAGGACUUCCAGUACAUCGACCGCGAUGGCAAGGACCAGGGCGUCAACGUGCGCGAGAAGGUCAAGCAGGUCAUGGCCCUGCUCAGAGACGAGGAGCGGCUGCGGCAGGAGCGCACGCACGCCCUCAAGACCAAGGAGCGCAUGGCGCUGGAGGGCGUGGGCAUCGGCAGCGGCUUCACGCGGGGCUCCCCGUCUUCCUACACCUCUGCUGCCUCAUCCCCCCGGUACGCCUCGGACCUGGAGCAGGCGAGGCCCCAGACGUCAGGAGAAGAGGAGCUGCAGCUGCAGCUGGCACUGGCCAUGAGCCGUGAGGAGGCCGAGAAGCCAGUCCCCCCAGCCUCCCACAGGGACGAGGACCUGCAGCUGCAGCUGGCCCUGCGCCUGAGCCGGCAGGAGCAUGAGAAGGAGGUGAAGUCCUGGCGAGGUGAGGACUCUCCAGUGGCCAAUGGUCCAGGGGCCGCUGCUCGCUGUCGGAGGGACAGAGAACCGGGGAGAGAGGAGAGAAAGGAGGAGGAGAAGCUAAAAACCAGCCAGUCCUCCAUCCUGGACUUGGCCGACAUCUUUGUACCCACCCAGGUGCCACCCUCCACACACUGCUCUGCCGACCCAUGGGACAUCCCAGGUGGGCAUGCAGGUCUCAGGCCGAGCACAGAGCCCAGCGGCUCCUCCUGGGGACCUUCUGCAGACCCCUGGUCUCCGGUCCCCUCGGGAAAUGUGCUGUCCCGAAGCCAGCCCUGGGACUUGCUUCCUACACUCUCCUCAGAGCCCUGGGGCAGGACCCCAGUGCUGCCUGCUGGACCCCCUGCCACAGACCCCUGGGCACCAAACUCUCCCCACCACAACCUCUCCAGCACCGGGGCCAACCCUUGGGGGGCCUCCACGGAGCCCUUGGAUACACCUGCUGUAGGUGGCGUCUCAACCUUCGACCCCUUCACCAAAACCCCGGAACCCACAGAGGCCAAGGCAGAGCUGCAGGGGGCGCAGGCCAUGCCCUCCGGGAAGCUGGGUAGCCCCGUGGAUCUGGACCUGUUUGGAGAGCCCAGGCCCAGUUCCAAGCAGAAUGGCACAAAGGAGCCCGACACCUUCAGUCUGGGGGUACUGGGGGAAGCACUCUCACCUGCACCCCCAAAUAAGGAGGCCCCUGGCCGUUGCACCCCAGAGUCCUUCCUGGGCCCCUCGGCCUCCUCGCUGGUCAACCUCGAUUCGCUGGUCAAGGUGCCACAGGUUGCAAAAACCCAGAACCCCUUCCUGACAGGUCUCAGCGCUCCAUCCUCCACCAACCCAUUUGGUGCAGGCGAGCAGGUUGCACCCACCCUGAACCAGAUGCGCACUGGAUCACCUGUGCCCAUCGCACCCAUGGGGGCGCCCCUGGGCUCCAUGAGCUACAGCGCCUCCCUGCCCCUCCCUCUCAGCAGCGUACCGGUCAGCAGGACCCUCCCCGCCUCGGCCAGUGCCUUCCCGCAGGCCUGUGCUUUUGCCCCACUGGCCCCGAUCCUGCCGCCACCUCUGCUGCCCAUGUCUAGCUCAGAUGUGCCGCUGCAGGAGUCCCGGCAGGUGGGCACCAACCCCUUCCUCUGAUUGCCUCGAUGGCGACAGCGCGGGAGGCCCCUCCCCCUUCGGGCCUGGGCGGGGCGCUUGUAAAGAUUGAGCAGUGAUUGGGCCUUCGUGGACUGCUGACAGCUCCUGAAGCUAAAGACCAACCCCUUCCCCCUGCCCAGCCGAGACCACACCCCCACAAUAAAGACUGGAACCCAGGUCCUCA